AUGUGGGAACAUGAGCAUGGAUAUGACAAAAAUGGGAAUAUGAUAUUGCUGCAUGAAGAAGUCAUCCCGCAAGAAUGGUGCAGUAGUUCGCUAGUGCCCAUCUUCAAGAAUAAAGGGGAUGUGCAAGAUUGCGGCAACUAUAGAGGGAUAAAGCUCAUGUCGCAUACUAUGAAAGUAUGGGAGAAAGUGAUAGAGAAAAGAGUGCGAGAAGAGAGUGAAAUUACCCAAAACCAAUUUGGGUUUAUGCCAGGUCGAGGGACAAUGGACGCCAUCUUCGCACUUCGCCAAUUGUGCGAGAAGUACAGACGUGUGCACAGGAACCUGCACAUGGUGUUCAUUGACCUUGAGAAAGCGUAUGAUAGGGUGCCUCGGGAAGUGUUGUGGUGGGCCAUGAAAGAGAAAGGUGUGCCUGGGAAGUAUGUGGAGUUAGUUCGUGCGAUGUACAUGCAGUCCUGUACGUAUGUCCGAUCGUCGGCCGGCAAUACUGACCAGUUCAGUGUGGCUGUGGGCCUGCACCAAGGGUCUGCUUUAAGUCCUUACCUCUCCCUGCUUAUUAUGGACGCCUUGACGGCGGACAUACAGGAGGAGGCACCCUGGUGCAUGCUGUUUGCCGACGACAUCGUCCUGGUUAGUGAAGACGGACCUGAGAUCCAGAGCAGAUUGGGGAGUUGGCAACAGAGACUGGAGAAUGUUGGCUUAAAAUCAGCAGAACCAAGACCGAAUACAUGUUCUGCGAUUUCGGCGGUCUCUCCAGUCCUGAAGCCAUAG